UUUGAGGAGUCGUUGAAGUUGAAAAAUACCUUGGAUUUCUUUGAGGAACGAGCUAGAUCCGAGCCCUCUCUGCAAGCGCUUUCGAUCCUCGUGAACUGCGAGUACAAACUCUACGUCCUCAACCAGGAAACGCCGCUUCGCAACAACCCUUUCCUCUCGCACUGGGUCGAAGCGAUCCAGAGGCUUGAGAGAGCCGCCGCGAAGAGCUCGAAGAAGAGCAGUGGCGCCGAGUUGACGAGCAACGAGAUCAACGUCGUGCGCGUGGAGUUCAUAAAGACGCUGCUACAAUCGCGGAAUGCCUUGCAGUUCGCUCGCGCGAGCCCGAGGCAGUUGUAUGGCAGCUUCGUAGAGCUGGGCCAGACGGCGCCAUUUUAUAUCACGACCUACAUACGGAUGCUCGAGGAGGAGGGAAUAUACGAGCGGACGCCAGAACCUCCCGAGUUUCAGCAUAUCUCUCACGAUACACCAGUAGACAGCAGCAAGGAGAAGGCUCCCGCCCGGCCCAAGCUGAGCAACUUCCAGCAGUGGAAGCACGACGUGCUCGACCGCCUACAAACCAAUCCCAACACCGCAAUUCACGAGCUCACUCACCUCCCCAUCGAACUCUCCUACCUCGACUUCCUGACCACGCUCCUCCAAGAACGCACUCUGCAAUCCUUCUCCAUCGACCCUGCGCCCGUAAUCAGCGACUACAUACAACACGCGCUGCGGCUGACGGAGCAAAUGGGACAGCCUCCGUCCUCCUCAUCCGACCCCUCAUCCACCUCCAACGGCGCCAUCAGUUCGGAAGAGGUAGUCGACCAUGGACGGGAAGCGCAGGCUAGGGCAGUCAAGCUCCUGCUGCUUUUUGUAAAGAAUUUGAUUCGGAAGGAUUUGGUGCCAACGGAGGCGAUUUACUUUGAGAUUCAGGAGAUUUGUGUGAGA